AUGUGCGAGGACAGUGUGGACCGUGGAGGCGAGUGCGGUGGGUGUAGGUUGGUAAUCCAGGCACUGGUUCGCUAUUCCCUGUGCGAUGGAUUCGCAAGUGACCGAGCAGACCGAUGUGUGAGGUGAUAGUGCGGUCGCUGUGAGGACAGGUGUAGUCCUGGUCCUCGCCGCUGGUGUCAAUGGUGGUGGUGUUGGUGUUCGUUGGUGUGUCAGGAGUGUGUAUAGUGUUGAUGUGCAUGUCAGACGCCACAAAGGCAGACGUUGGGACAGUGGAGGAGGAGGAGGGGAGGAGGAGGAGGAGGAGGAGGACGAGGAGGACGAGGAGGAGGACGAGGAGGAGGAGGAGGGGCCGGAGGAGGAGGUUGCAGGUGGUCGUUCAGGAGAGCGGUCCGAGUUUGUUGCGGCGUAG